AACAAACAAGCUCCCUUGUGCCUUUAAUAAGGUGCUAAUUCCAGUCAUGAGGGCAGAGUCUCCCGUAAGGCUUAACCUCCUAAUACCAUCACCUUGAGGGUUAGGAUUUUAACACAUGAACAUUGACGGAACACAACGUUCAUUCUGUAGCACCAGGGUAGUCUCCUCAUGUCAAGGUCUUUACCUGAAUCACAUGCAUGAUGUACCGUUUUCAUGUAAGGUUCUAGGAAUCUGUGGACAUCUUUGGGGGGCCAUUAUUUUGCUGAUCACAUAUUACAUAUAUUUUAAUAUUCUAGACUAGUAUGAAAACAAUGCCACUUCCAUUGCUUUAUAUAUGUAUAUAUAUAUAUAUACACAUUGUCUAAUGCUAUAAUUAAAAAAAGUUGUAGACAGAAAUAUACCCAUUUAAAAAAAAACCCAUUUUUUGCUAUUUUACUUCAUACUGCCAACUCCUUUUUCCUGAAACUGCUUCAACUCUGGAAUUCUUUUUUGCUGUUAGUUUUAUUUUAUUGAAAUAUUCAUGAACGAGCAUACACUUGUAUAUGGAUUUAAAAUUCACAGUAAUGUUCUCAUGAAUUCAUCGUGAAUAACAUUUUAUAGACAAAAUGUCUGCACUAGGACAAGAGAAAGAUGUAUAAUUCCCUUGUUCUAAGGUAUCGCCAUUCAUUGUUAUUAUUUUAAAAUACGAGUGUCGACUGAUGUUAAAACACAAAAUGGGGCCGGGAAUGGUGGCUCCCGCCUGUAAUCCCAACAUUUUGGGAGACCGAGGUGGGUGGAUCACCUGAGGUCAGGAGUUUGAGACCAGCCUGGCCAACAUGGUGAAACCCUGUCUCUACUAAAAAUACAAAAAUUAGCUGGGCAUGUGUUGUGCGCCCGUAAUCUUAGCUACCGGGGAAACUGAGUCAGGAGACUUGCUGGAAUCUGGGAGGCGGAGGCUGCAGUGAGCCGAGAUCACACCAGUGCACUCCAGCCUGGGUGACAGAGCAAGACUCUGUUCUUCCCCCAACCCCCCCAAAAAAAACCACAAAAAGGGAUAAUUGGCUGGGCAUAGUGGCUCAUGCCUGUAAUCCCAGCACUUUGGGAGGCCAGGGUGGACAGAUCACCUGAGACCGGGAGUUCGAGACCAGCCUGACCAACAUGGAGAAACCCUGCCUCUACUAAAAAUGCAAAAAUUAGCCGGGCAUGGUGGCACAUGCCUGUAAUCCCAGCUACUCAGGAGGCUGAGGCAGGAGAAUUGCUUGACUCUGGGAGGUGGAGGUUGCUGUGAACCAAGAUUGCACCAUUGCACUCUAGCCUGGACAACAACAGCAAAACUCUGUCUCAAAAAAAAAAAAAAAGAGUUAUAACCAGGCAAUGGAAUUGAAAAUCAUUUUUAAAAAUAUCCAAAAUACCUAAGGAGCUUGUAUAAAUAAAUAGGAAAAAAAAAAAAGAAAAACAUCAAGAAGCCCACAAAAAAGCAGAUUUGUAAAUGGGCAAUGGAUUUCAAUAGACAUUUAGCCAAAGAAGAUAUCCAGUUGGUGAAAAGGCAUGUGGAAAGGUGCUCAGCAUCACUGAUUAUCAGGAAAAUGAAAAUCAAAACCACCACAAGUGCUUUAGACCAUAGCGGCAUGCAUGAAAGUUUUCAGGCCUCCAGUUGUUGGGAGUGGCUGAGGAGAUUGGAGAGCUUCUGUCUCAGUUGGAAGAGUGGAGUCUCAACAAGAACCAGUGUAUUCUGGACAUGUGUGGGCCCUGGAGUGUGCAUGGCUGGAUGCCUUGUCUACCUGUGCCUUACAGAGUGACACCAUUGUGGUGUGGUCGAUCAGAGGGCCAAGUGGCUUUCAGAGGGAGUGGGAAGUGGUGGGGGUUGGUUUGCCCAUGGAUGAAAGCAAAAGUGAGUUGGCUUCCCAAGAACUUUUACCAGUAGCCUGUUUUGCUACAAUUCUAGACCCAGACUGGGGUCCCAAGGCAUCAUAGCCCACAGCUUCUUAGCAAGUGCAUGUUCAGUUGGAUCCCCCAGCUCAGCCUGGGUCAUCCCCACCUUCUGCCUCUUGGGCCAUAGCUCAGCUCUGCACACUGAGCCAUCAUCCUAUGGUGAGCAAGACCGCAUUCUUGGGCUUCAGUCUCUUUCCCUGCAGCAGGCAAUCAAGGUGGUGGCUGGAAAGGGCCAAGGAGCCACAUCUCACAGUGCCCUGCUGCCUGAACAAGGACCAGAGGCCUGUGGAACACAUGGCUCUCAGAUUUCUCCCAUUUGAUGACUCAUCAUCUGCCCCCACAUGGCUUCCUAGCUCACAGCAGAUCUAGCCUUCUCUGAGCAGUGAAGAUGGGAUAUUUUAUGGUCAUUUUCCCUGGUGUGCAGAGCCCAAGUGGAGUUCUUCAGCACACCCUAGUCCAUCCCCUCACUAACACCCCCACCUGUCCAGUCUUACCAGCCUUCAUUUCAAAAGCCCACAGUUAACCCAGAGGGCUUCUGCCCUGCCCUGCCUGACUUUCUGGGAAACCCCUCUCUCCACCCACCCUAAUCAGGACACUGUCUGAAGGUUCCUCCUCAUCAUUUUAAAAGGAAGAGAAAUUUUUCUGCCACAGAGGUUCUGGUGAAGUGGCCUGCUCCCACAUCACAAGGUGAUGGCGGUUUGGGCUAGACCAGGAUCAGACAGUGGUGUCCUGAGGCUGGCCGUGUGAUAAGGGGCUACAGAAAGGGCAGUGGUGGAUCCCUGAGAGGCUUUCUGCUCUCCUGAUCGCAGGUUUUUGGUGAGAGGACCUAUUGGCCACUAGAGUGUCAGCGUGCGUGCAUGUGUGUGUGUGUGUGUGUGUGUGAUGUGUGUUUACUUGGAUUGACUUCUUUCAGCAUGAAGCCCACUGUUUUGCUGAAUGUAUCUCACUGUUUCCUGAAACUCAGUACAUUCAGCUGGCUUAAGGGUCCUGGGGCCUCGCUGUGUCAUAUUUGCACAAGCCUAGUGUCUGUGCAGACUGUACAGUGGAGUUCAGUUGUAAGACCCUUUUGAUCCCUUAUUCUGUUCCUGUAAUAGAAAAGGCAUUUCACUCAAUGGAAUAGAAACCCAGAUCUAAUGGAGAGAUGUUCUAAUCUGCCAUACACUGGGGCAGUGGCCAGUGAUUUGGACUUUGUGGCACAGAUGGAAAUUUCCAGGUUCUAUAGGUGGUAGACAGAGGCCUCACUUCUUAACAAACUCCCCCACUCCACCCCUGCCAAUGAGGAUGUUGCUUAGAGGUAUUUCUAUCAGUGUUGAGUAGAAGAGAUCAUUUCUUGAUGUUGAAUUUCAGGUAAGGAUGCCAGCUUCUGCAUAUCAGGGUGGUGAUGCUUGGGCUGAGACAGGUCUAGACAGCACUGUCUGAAAGGGGGCUCAAGGCAGUAGCUGUGAAAGGCCCCUGGGAUGUUUUCUGCUCCCCUUUCUGCAAAUUCCCUGGGGGGAGAUCCUGUUAGUCACUACAGGGUGUGUGUGUGUGUGUGUUCAUCACUUGUUGCUUAGGGGUGGGAAGAGACAACAAAAGCCUACAGAAUCUAUAGUUCUCAGUUGAUCUCCCAUCCUAGUCCAAUCAUGGCCUAACAUCCUUAGCUACCGAUCGCAGAGGAGACUGCGCAUUUGUGUUCAUGUGGCCUUGGAUGUUGGCAGAUUCAGAUUGGUGCCCCAGGCAUCUGUGCCUGUAACUGCAGUUUCAGCGGGCUCAGGACCAGGCUAAAGGGCCUCCAAGCUUCCUCCAGUUUCCUGGUGCAUGCAUGUGCAAUAUACUCCCCUGGCCUGGGUCUUUCCUGCCGCUUCUUGCCAGUUGGGUCAGAACUAGCUUAUUAACCAGUUUUUUCUGAGCUUUAAUCGAACUGGCUCUAACCAGUUGGAGACUUGAAAAGGGCUACGUGAUAGUUAUAGAUUUUUAAAGAUAUAUUAUUAUUUUAGAGUAGUUUUGAGUGCACAGCAAAAUGGAGUACAGAGUCCAGAGAUCUCAUAUGGCCUCAAUUCCUGUACACUCUCAGGUCACUCCACCAACAACCUCCUACACCAGAGCCACUUUGAAACAUUAGAAAAUAUAUUUGAGCAUUCAGAAAUGUAUAAACUAGGCAGCUCCAGACUGCAAGCAGCUCAGAGUUCCAACAGAGAGGCUUAGGGAGGGUGGGGGAAGAAUUUUAUAUGGUGAAUGUGGAAGAAAAAGAAAAUACUUGAUUGGGUAAAGUGGAGCAGUGGCCUCAUUUGGAACAUUACAGUGGAAAGUCUCUAUUUAGAUGUUAGUUGGUGGUUUCUGACUGGUUAAGCUUAAGUUUUCCUUUUAUUAUUUACACUGAGUCAAGUUUUGGGUUAUUUAAGGAGGAAUUGAGUGCACUGCAGCCACCUCAGCCUCAUGGCCACCUGUUUAUUUGAUUAUUUUUAACAGAGAAGAUCCUUUUAAAAAUAUCUGUUACCCUGGCUGGAGUGCAGUGACGUGAUCACGGCUCACUGCAGCCACAACCUUCCAGCUUAGGUAAUCCUCCCACCUCAGUGCUCCCCACCCUGAGUAGCUGGGACUACAGGCAUGUGCCACCACACCACCAUGCUAGGCUAAUGGUUUGUAUUUGUUUGAGAGAUGCAGUUUCCCUAAGUUGCUUAGGCUUCUUUUGAUCUCUUAGACUCAAAUAAUCUGCAUGCAUUGGCCUCCCUUAGUGCUGGAAUUACGGGCCAUCUAAAUCUUUUAUCUCAGGUUUGCCUUGUGACAAAAGGAGGGGUACUUUUUCUGACAUGAUGAGGCAGAGAAAGGUGAGGUGGGCACAUCCUUUGCAUAUGAUUUUCUCAGGUGAUGGGAAUAUGGUUGGCUCUUGCCUAAUGAGAUAUAUUUUCUCUUUGAAUGAUUUGGCAAGAUAUCAGAUGAGAGAAGUUGAAUAAAUGUUAGAAGAACAUAGAAAAAAUAGGUUAUACACGUUGGGUUUCUGAAGAAAUGAUGUCAUUGGAGAAACAAAACUUAUUGAUUUCUGGAAACAUUUAGGGCCAUUUUUUUAUGUAAGUAAUUUGAAUUUAUGAUGAUAUCUCUGACCACUUUUUGAUAUUUUUUCUGGUUCAGGUGAGUGGUGUCAUUGAGCAAACACAAAGUCGGGCUCAUCCAAGGAUGAGAUUUUGCCAGAGAAAGGACGAGCAGCAAGUCAGGGAGCUUAAGUAGAGACGAAGUUUCACUAUGUAGGCGAAGUUGGUCUUGAACUCCUGACCUCAGAUGAUCCACCCGCCUCAGCCUCCCAAAGUGCUCGGAUUACAGGCGUGAGCCACCUCACCUGGCCUGUUUAUUCUCUUAAGAGAGAAAAUGAGGGGAUUAGUGGACUGUAGUUCUGGACAAGGUGGAAAACUCUUAAAGUGGAAGUGUUGGGGCAAGUGCUCUGACAGGCUAGGAUGGUGCAGUCAGUCCCUUCACCCAGAAAUCAGUAGAAUGUUAACAGUUCAGGCUCAAACCUUGUGAAAAACAGGUUCUGGAAAGGAAAUCCCUCACAGCAACUGGCACCAAAAUCAAGACAGAAUCUUUGCAGAAUAAAUGGAGUUACCUGCUUUCAGCCCCAGGUCGUAGCUAUUGUCUGCCCUGCUGAUAUGUGAUAAUAAUUUGUGAUCCUGUUGUCUUAAAAUGGGGUCACUCAUCUCCAGUAGAAUUAAGUCCACAGUGAAGUUGUCCCCCCAUCCCCAGAGAUAAACAUAUAUGAAUGAACUCACGUGAUAACAACUGCUGCUGCCUGGGAUCAUGAGAGACCUGAACUGAACUGAUAGGAAGUGAAAGGUGGCUGAGGUAAUGAGAAUAGACCCAUCUGCAGAGGAUCAUAAAACCAGCAAAGACAAGAUCUUGUCUAAGAUGCCUUCACAAACUUUGUCCAUGAUAACUCUAAGGACUUCUGCAGACCUGUUGGCUGCUGCUGUGAUCUCUGCCCAAAAAGAGCCUCUGACCAACAUCAAAAGGGCUUCUGGAUCCACUGAACUCCUCUGGAGGUACCUUCGUCUCCUGAUUCAUGGCUGUGGUUUUUUACUCCGUUUAUCACUCCCUGUGUGUAGAAUGAUAAUUGCACAAUUGAUAGUGUGAAGACCUCUUGAUAAAUGGUAAAUCUGAGCAUAUGUAUUUGGCUGACAUGUCAUUGUGAAACCUCACAGCUUCAGUCAGUGUCAGCACAGCUAGGGAGCAUGUACCUAAUACACAUAUCACUGGGCAUAGUCUACAGGCACCUAAUAACUCAGGUACCUUAACAGUCACUAAUGAGUGUCUCUCCAAGGUCUAAACAAUGGAAGACUGUAGAAGAUGCUAUUCAUUAAGAUAUCUCAAGAAUGUGGAAGACUAUUAUUCGCUUCUCAUGGGACAGGACUUUAUAGGGCACCUGAAAAAACUCCCAUGAAAAAUCACUUUUACAAAAUGUCAAGUUAUGAUAUCCAAGAUGAAACCAGUGAGUCACAACAUUCACAUAAUACACUGUACAACCCUUAUCUCUUGACUGUCAUCAAAUGUUUCUUACCUCUAAACCAAAGUUUCAUUUUAUAAUUUAAUUUUUCUCAUUUUUUCUGUUCUCUUAGCUUAAGACAAGAUCAUUACAAACUUUUUGUAAGUUUUUCAUAUAUGCUUGCAGAGGGUUGUAAAACUUUAUUGUGAUUAUUCUUGCUUUAAGCUGAAACUUCCCUAAUCUUUCUUUAGAGAUUGUGGCAUAGCAUGUUAGUUUCUUUUCCAUAUCCAAUUGUUUUCUGUAAUGAAUACAGAAAUAUGGGCACUAUUUUGUAACUUUAAAUAGACAUCAUCUCAAGUCUACAAGAAUUAUCCAAAAUGGUAUUUAAUGACAUUUCUAGGUCUUCAGACACUAUUAAUGCAGAUUGUAGCCUCUAGGUCCUGAAGAUUUUACUAGAUACUGGUUACUGAAACUGAGCUUUCUUGAAUUCUUUUUCCUUCCACUGUGGUUUCCCGCAUUUCAACACAUCACCUAUUUUUGUCCUCAAACGUUACUUAAAUUUUUUCCACAGAAUUAAAUUAAAUAUGAAUCAUCCCUCCUCUGAUUUUUGAAAUGACCCUUUGCUUCCUAUGAUAAUGAUUCCUCUGGUCCGUUUUGUAGUUAUAUGUUAGAGUUUGUAAAUAUUCACACAUUUUGCAACUGCAUAUAAUUUUCUCAUUAUUUUUUCCUCUUACUCUAAACCUGCUGUUAUUUCUUUUAACUUUUUGUGGGAAAAAUUAAACCCAUCUUUCACUUUGUUGAUAUACUUAUUUAUAAUUGAACUCCUUGAUUUUUGCUUGAAUUGCUUUUCAAGUUACCCACUUUUAGGGAAGACAUUUGGGUUUUGUUUAGUGUAUCAGGCUUUUUUUAGUUAGUUGUAUCAAGAAGUGUAGACUUUUCUAUACAUAAUAUCCUUUUUCCCACAGUAGUUUUUUUUUUUUUUUUUUUUUUUUUUUAAAGUCUAGCCGGGUGCAGUGGCUCACGCCUGUAAUCCCAGACUGUGGGAGGCCGAGGCGGGCAGAUCACGAAUUCAAGAGACGGAGACCAUCCUGGCUAACACGGCGAAACCCUGUCUCUACUAAAAAUACAAAAAAUUAGCCGGACAUGGAAACGGGUGCCUGUAGUCCCAGCUAAUCAGGAGGCUGAGGCAGGAGAAUGACAUGAACCCAGGAGGCAGAGGUUGCAGUGAGCCGAGAUUGUGCCACUGCACUCCAGCCUGGGUGACAGAGCAAGACUCCAUCUCAAAAAAAAAAAAAAAAGUCUGUUAAAAUAAAGGUCAUCAAAAGAUCUUUUCCUAAACCUUUCCUUUACCAGAAAUAUCUCUAGAGUCACAUGGUCCUUUCUCCCUUCUUGCUUUUGUAGGAGUCCAAAGCUAAUCUUUCCCUGAUCCGGAUUGCAGGCACCUGUGCCUUUUGGGGCCCUUCUGCAUUAGUUCUUCCUUCUCUUCUAACCUCAAAAAUGUGUUUUCUCUGUUGGCUCUUUCCCUUUAACAUAGAAGUAUACUCACGCUUUUGUUGAAUCUUGGAAUAAAAGUCUUCCUUUACCACAUACUCCCUUUAAUACUACAUCUCUGUUCUCAGCCAAAUACUUGGGAAGAGAAGCCCUGAAUUUGUGUCAUUGUUUUCUCACCUCCACUUCACUACUUUACCCACUGCCUGACAUCCAGCUCGCUCACACACACACACAAGCCCAAUCACUAAGUUGCCAUAGCUAAUUUGUAGCUUUCCUGCCCUCCUGGCAAAAUUUGACUCUGCAUUGGGAUAAUACAUGUUGAGUACCUAUUGAACAGGCACUGUGCUAGGUGCUGCUGUUAUAGAUAUGAAAAGAAGGCAUCAUCUCCUUUCUAACAACUGACAGGAGCAGCCAUUCCUGAUUCAUAUGCAGGUCUCUUGAGUCUCAGUGCUCGCUUUUGCAAGCUUCACUUAAUGCCUUGUAAAUCACCCUAUUCUCCAGGUCUUCUUUCUUCCCAGUUCUCCUUACUAUACACAACUUCUCAAGGCAGUCACCUCCACACCCAUGGCUUCAAUUGCUUUCUCCAUUCUCUGAGAACAAUAGAAUUUUAAAUGGUUUUUUUCAUGUAUUAGCUUUAUUUUAUACAAGGUGCCUCACUUGCUGUAACCAUAGAUUCAAAGUUGCUCCAUGAAAGUAAUAAAUGAAAAAUGGUGAUUUUUUAGCAUGUAAAUUUUAGGAAAUUUACCCAGUUACGCUUAAUGGCUUGUUUUAAUAUGUAUGUUAUUUUUGAAAACAUAUGUUGGGGUGUCACAAAUGGACUUAGCCUACAGAGAUUUAUAUUCAACUUUUGACCAGAGAGUUCCAUUUUAAUGUGACACUGAGAGUAAAAAACUAUCUUUUCCUCCUUACCCAUUUCUCUUCCUACAUUCUCGGCCAGGAGGAAGGCACUGCUACAUACCCAGUCUUCCCCAGCAGAGCCUGAGCAGCUCUGUUUUCCUUCUACUUCCCCUCUUCUUUCACAUCUUAUGGCCAAGCACUUCCUAUUCUGUCUCCCAAAUGAUCACAGACUUUUUCCUCCACUUUUGUCACUGCCACUGCCCUUAGCAUUACUCUGCCUUUAGAGAAAGUCUCUUAAUUUGUUUGGUUGCUUCCUUCAGUCCUUAUUAUACAGACCACUACACGCACAUCUGACAGAGACUUUUCACCUUUUUAUGGUUGAAUGACUGAAAUUCCCAAAAUAAAAUUAAAACCACCCCAGCAUCAAAUUUGAGGUCAAAUAUAGGUGGGUUUGUAUCCCAGGUUCAUAUACUGUCCAGCAGUAUGGUCUCAGAAAACUGACCUCCUUAAGCCUUUGUUUGUGUAUCUGCCUACACUCAUUGAGAGUUGGGACUAUUUCACAUAUACAGUGCCUGGCAUGUAGAAGGGACUUAAUCAAUGUUGAAAGAAGGGGAGGCAUUUUAAAAUCCACAUCAAAAAAAUGUUGUUCUGUUCGGGAGUGGUGGCUCACGCCUGCAAUCCCAGCACUUUGGGAGGCCAAGGCAGGUGGAUCACCUGAGGUCAGGAGUUCAAGAUCAACCUGAACAACAUGGUGAAACCCCAUCUCUACUAAAAUACAAACAUUAGCUGAGCAUGGGGUUGGGCUCCUGUAAUCCCAGCUACUUGGGAGGCUUAGGCACUUGAAUGAGAAUCACCUGGACCCAGGAGGUGGCGGUUGCCGUGAGCAACGAUUGUGCCACUGCCUGGGCAACAGAGUGAGACUCUGUCUCAAAAAAAAUAAAAAAAAAAAUUCUUUUAAAAAUAUAUGAAUCUGGCUGGGCACGGUGGCUCAUGCCUGUAGUCCUAGCACUUUGGGAGGCUGAGGCGGGCCUGACCAACGUGCAGAAACCCCGUCUCUACUAAAAAUACAAAAUUAGCUGGGCAUGGUGGCGCAUGCCUGCAAUCCCAACUACUUGGGAGGCUGAGGCAGGAGAAUCGCUUGAGCCCGGGAGGCGGAGGUUGCAGUGAGCCAAGAUCACGCCAUUGCACUCCAGCCUGGGCAACAAGAGCGAAACUCCGUCUCAAAAAAAAAAAAAAAAUUAGUGUUCAGCAAAGUUGAAGCAUAAAAGGUUAAUAGCCAGAAUCAUUUAUCAAUUGUAUUUCUAUACAUCUACAAGACACAAUCUGAAAAUGAAAUUAGAGAAACAAUUUCACUGGGCAACAAGAGCAAAACUUCGUCUCAAAAUAAUAAUAAUCAUCAUCAUCAUCAUCAUCUACAAUGUCAUUUCCCAUCCAAGCUUGACUUCUACCUUUACUUUCUGAUAUGGUUUUGCCAUGCCCCCACCCAAAUCUCAUCAUGAAUUAUAAUCCCCAUAAUCCUGAUGUGUCGAGGGAGGGGCCUAGGGGGAGGUGAUUGGAUCACGGGGGCAGUUAUCCUCAUGCUGUUCUUGUGAUAUUCAGUAAGUCCUCAUGAGAUCUUAUAGGGUUUGGUUUUGUUUUGUUUUUUGGGAUGGAGUCUUGCUCUGUUGUCCAGGCAGGAGUGCCAUGGCACGAUCUUGGCUCACUGCAGUCUCUGCCUCUUGAGUUCCAGUGAUUCUCCUGCCUCAGCCUCCUGAGUAGCUGGGAUUACAGGCAUGCACCACCACACCCAGCUAAUUUUUGUAUUUUUAGUAGAGACAGGAUUUCACUACAUUAGCUAGGCUGGUCUCAAACUCCUGACCUCAGUUGAUCCACCUGCCUUGGCCUCCCAAAGUACUAGGGUUACAAGUGUGAGCCACCGUGCCCAGCUGAGAUCUGAUGGUUUUAUACAUGUUUGACAGUUGCUGCUUCACAUGUUCCCACUCUCUGUGCGGCCACCAUGUAAGUCGGACCUGCCCUUCUGCCAUGAUUGUAAGUUUCCUGAAGGACUUCCCCUUCUGCCAUGAUUGUAAGUUUCCUGAGGCCUCCCCAGCCAUGUGAAACUGAGUCAAUUAAACCUCUUUCCUUUAAAAAUUACCCAACCUCAGGUAUUUCUUUAUAUCAGUGUGAAAACAGGCUGCUAUACUUUCUGAUAAUCAUGCUUAAGCAAUUGGGGAAUUCAGACUACCUGGGAUCAAACUAUGGCCCCACCCUUAGAAGUCAUGUGACCUUGGGGAGGUUACUUACCUUCUCCAUCUCAACAACUUCUGUAAAAUCUGUAACAUGAGAUUGUUUCUGAGGGUUAAAUGAGCAUAGCACAGUGGGGACACUGUCAGGCACACACUACUUGCCAGAUGUUGAGUAUUCAUCUUUAUUGAAAUAGGACUGUGGUAAGCCACUUUAUGGCUCUCGAUUUUGUAUGACAAAAUCAUGCUUAGUGCCUUGUUAGUAAAAGAAAGGAAAUGUGAAAGUCCCUGCCAUGGAAGGAAGAAAUAGCGGGGAGAAAAGGGAGUUGGUAAGUUUCAGCAUUUCAGAGCUUGGAGGGACAAGUUAGGUUUCUAUUUUAUGGAGAAGGAGGUGGAGGCAGGAUGGGUCCUAAGGUGUCAUUCAAGACACACAGCCAUAACUCUUUAUUGAGAGCAGAGCUAGGGCCCCAGGGAUUGCUGUGGUCAAGUUGCGGACAAAAAUGACCACUCAUUGGAAGACAGGAGAGGUGUGUUUAGUUACAAAAGCAGUCAACAAUUCAGAUGUAUCUAUAUUCAGUCAGCAAAGAAAAGUUGUUCAACUUGGUUGCUAAUGGGACCCACUUUACUGAGGCUUUGUAUAGAACUCACAGAGGAAGAUGGCUUCAAGUAAUGAACUACCCUGUGCUUUUCUUAGGACUAAAAUCUCAGGAAGCUGGUGAUGAAUGAAAACCUUAGUCCCACUGGCACUGCACGAGGGGCCAGGAGAGCAGCAGCAUCAUAAGCCACAGGGUGGGGCAGCCAAGGCAGGGGCAUUCUGAGCUGUUGGGGAGGGGUGGCAUUCAGGGUGGGGCACUGUGAGCUGUCGGGGAGGGCACUGUGAAGUGUGGGGUGGGGCAUUGUGUGCCACAUGCCUGGGUUCCCACCUGGGCCAGUGGGCUUCAGUCUGUAGGUGACUACGGAAGGAGGAGGAGCUCCGUCUGUUCUCUCUUCAGGCAGUUGUUGUGUCUCUCAGCGCUUGUUGGGUUCACAACCUAUUAAAUAAGCCGGCUGGUCUUCACCCUCCCAGACAAGUCAACUCAGGGGAGGCAGCAGGGUGCGGGCCUUGGCCCGCAGCCCUAGCCGGGGCCGGGGCCAGGGCUGGUGCCCCGGGCCGCGCUGUGAGGUGGGCAGGCGAGGAGCGGGAAGACCAUCUCUGCAAGUGCAGCAUAGGCUUGGCCUAGGACAGCGGGAGUGCGUGGCCAAAGCUGUGAGCAGAGGCACAGGUGGUGGCAGACAGUAGAGGUGCCCCAUGGGGAACAUACUGACCUGUCGUGUGCACCCUAGCGUCAGCCUCGAGUUUGACCAGCAGCAGGGGUCGGUGUGUCCCUCUGAAUCUGAGAUCUAUGAGGCAGGAGCUGGGGACAGGAUGGCAGGAGCGCCCAUGGCUGCUGCUGUACAGCCUGCUGAGGUGACUGUUGAAGUUGGUGAGGACCUCCACAUGCACCACAUUCGUGACCGGGAGAUGCCUGAAGCUUUGGAGUUUAACCUUUCUGCCAAUCCAGAGGCAAGCACAACAUUCCAGAGGAACUCUCAAACAGAUGCUUUGGAGUUUAACCCUUCUGCCAAUCCAGAGGCAAGCACAAUAUUCCAGAGGAACUCUCAAACAGAUGUUGUAGAAAUAAGAAGAAGCAACUGUACAAACCAUGUAUCUACUGAGCGUUUCAGUCAACAAUACAGCUCAUGUUCGACAAUAUUCCUUGAUGACAGCACAGCCAGCCAGCAUUAUCUUACAAUGACAAUAAUAUCUGUGACCUUGGAGAUACCUCAUCAUAUCACACAAAGAGACGCAGAUAGAUCUUUGAGGACACUUGAUGAACAGUUACACUCAUUUGCGGUUUCCACCGUGCACAUUACCAAGAAAAAAAAAGGAGGUGGGAGUUUAAAUAACUAUUCCUCCUCCAUUCCAUCGACUCCCAGCACCAGCCAGGAGGACCUUCAGUUCAGUGUUCCUCCCACUGCAAACACACCCACGCCCGUUUGCAAGCAGUCCAUGCGGUCCAACCUGUUUACAUCUGAGAAAGGGAGUGACCCAGACAAAGAGAGGAAAGCCCCGGAGAAUCAUGCUGACACCAUCGGGAGCGGCAGAGCCAUCCCCAUUAAACAGGGCAUGCUCUUAAAGCGAAGUGGGAAAUGGCUGAAGACAUGGAAAAAGAAAUAUGUCACCCUAUGUUCCAAUGGCAUGCUCACCUAUUAUUCAAGCUUAGGUGAUUAUAUGAAGAAUAUUCAUAAAAAAGAGAUUGACCUUCGGACAUCUACCAUCAAAGUCCCGGGAAAGUGGCCAUCCCUAGCCACAUCGGCCUGCGCACCCAUCUCCAGCUCUAAAAGCAAUGGCCUAUCCAAGGACGUGGACACCGGGCUGGGUGACUCCAUGUGCUUCAGCCCCAGUAUCUCCAGCACCACCAGCCCCAAGCUCAACCCGCCCCCUUCUCCUCAUGCCAAUAAAAAGAAACACCUAAAGAAGAAAAGCACCAACAACUUUAUGAUUGUGUCUGCCACUGGCCAAACGUGGCACUUUGAAGCCACGACAUAUGAGGAGCGGGAUGCCUGGGUCCAAGCCAUCCAGAGCCAGAUCCUGACCAGCCUGCAGUCAUGCGAGAGUAGUAAAAGCAAAUCCCAGCUGACCAGCCAGAGCGAGGCCAUGGCCCUGCAGUCGAUCCAAAACAUGCGUGGGAACUCCCACUGUGUGGACUGUGAGACCCAGAAUCCUAAGUGGGCCAGUUUGAACUUGGGAGUCCUCAUGUGUAUUGAAUGCUCAGGAAUCCACCGCAGUCUGGGCACCCGCCUUUCCCGUGUGCGAUCUCUGGACUUGGAUGACUGGCCAGUUGAGCUCAGGAAGGUUAUGUUAUCUAUUGGCAAUGACCUAGCCAACAGCAUCUGGGAAGGGAGCAGCCAGGGGCAGACAAAACCCUCAGUAAAGUCCACGAGGGAAGAGAAGGAACGGUGGAUCCGUUCCAAAUAUGAGGAGAAGCUCUUUCUGGCCCCACUACCCUGCGCUGAGCUGUCCCUGGGCCAGCGCCUGCUGCGGGCCACCGCUGAUGAGGACCUGGGGACAGCCAUUCUGCUGCUGGCACAUGGCUCCCGUGAGGAGGUGAACGAGACCUGUGGGGAGGGAGACGGCUGCACGGCGCUCCAUCUGGCCUGCCGCAAGGGGAAUGUGGUCCUGGUGCAGCUCCUGAUCUGGUACGGGGUGGACGUCAUGGCCCGAGAUGCCCACGGGAACACAGCGCUGACCUACGCCCGGCAGGCCUCCAGCCAGGAGUGCAUCAACGUGCUUCUGCAGUACGGCUGCCCCGACGAGUGCGUGUAGUAUCUGUUUUAUUUGACUGCAGUCUUCUUGGUGCAAAAACAAAAUGGGAAAAAUAAGGAUAACUCAGAAUUUCAAAAGGAAAUCACAAAUUCAGCUAAUAAUAGCAUUUUCAGUACUUUUCGUAAACUAAGUAAAUACACAAAAUGUUGAUUUUUCUGACCAUAAGACAUAUUUUGUGUCCUUUUGCCGAGGUGGAUGUGUUAGUCUCAGGCCCUCCUGGCCACAUUGCCCAAGUCACACAGGCUUCUGUAUUAUGUAUUUAGAUAAAAUGUGUGAAAAUAUAUUUGAAAUAAAGUUCAUAAAUAUGCAUUGA